CGCCACACUACUGUUCACYAGUAGUGACAGCGGUCGGUCGUCCGUCGUUAGUGUUUUGCGUUUUUUUCCCUUACAGAAAUUAUAGUUUUUCCGAUAUUUUAUGGCUCCGCAUGGCAGUUGAACGGAACCGUCGACAACGAUCGAAAUCCCGUCGUAAUAAUACUGAUCAUACAACAUCAAAAACGUUGGUUCUCGCCSSGACGGGAAUAAAAUUAGUUUUUGAGUUAUCGAUUAAGUUUUUUGUUCUGUUCCCCAAACCCGUCUCGUGUGCGACAAAACGCCGCGCGAAUUGUGCAUAAUAUUGUACAGACCACGGACAAAGUAUCGUGAAUAUGACGUAUCUUUAUCACGUCCGGACGUGAUACACCUCAGUUGUCGUAAUAUUUUAUCAUCAAAACAUUAUAGUAUAAGCACACACACACGCACACCCCACCCGAUUGUCGGUUUUCUUGCACGACAUAAUAAGCUCGCGCCGCUUGGUAAGUGCAUCGGAAUAAUAUUAUCCAAUACGCGUGUCUCGCAUACGGAGAAGCUAUGGCGACCGACGUCAAAUACAGGACCGAUGACGCGUCCAACAACAACGUGACCGGAAAAAAAGCGCAAUUAUUCCUAAAAAAGGCCGAAGUCGACUUGUCGUUCGAAAAUCUCACCUACACCGUAAAUACGUUCAGCAAGUUCAAGAAAGUAAAAAAAGAGAUUUUGCACGGCAUCAACGGCUGUUUCCGGUCUGGAGAACUAACAGCCAUCAUGGGGCCGUCAGGUUGCGGCAAGAGCACAUUACUGAACGUUCUCGCCGGAUACUCGAUAAGUGGAAGUUCGGGCCAAGUGUAUUUGAACGACUCGUUGCGAGAUGAAAAACAAAUGGCGAACAUCAGCUGUUACAUACAACAGGACGAUUACGUGCGCGACCUGUUGACCGUCAGGGAAUCGAUGACGGUGGCAGCCCACCUCAAGUUACCGACAACCGUGUCGGCGACAUCAAAGGCCGGCCAAGUGGAGGACCUGCUGGAUGCGUUGGGUCUGUCCAUCCACGGAGACACCAUUACCAAACGGCUCUCCGGAGGCCAGAAAAAGAGACUGUCAAUCGCUUUAGAACUUAUAACCAAYCCGUCGAUAUUAUUCCUAGACGAGCCAACCACUGGUUUAGACAGCCAAUCUUGCAGCCAGUUCGUAACCCUGAUGGCUGACCUAGCUCACAACCAAAGUCGUACCAUGGUGUGCACACUGCACCAGCCCAGUGCUUUACUGUUCGAAAAGUUCGACCAAAUUUAUGCAUUGAGUACAGGCCAGUGCAUCUACCAAGGACCUCCCAACUUAGUUAUUCCUUACUUUGCCGAACGAACCAUCGUAUGUCCACCUUACCACAAUCCUGCAGACUUCUUAAUCGAAGUAGCAAUAGGCGAAUAUGGUACUGAUGUACUGGCCAAACUGGCUGAUACAACAAAAACCAUAUACAUUAAGAAACACAAUAACUGUCAUUUAAUUUCCGGUGACCAAGAAUUACAACUAGAAAAUGGCACAUGUUUGAAAAACAAUAAUAUUGUUGUCAAGAAACAGCCACUCAAAAGCAAGAUUUUAAACAAACCUCCAUAUUAUUUACAAGCUUAUCAUUUAUAUUUGCGAAAUGUAAUCAUGUACAAACGUAACAAAUCAAACCUUAUGUUGCGGAUCUUCGCACACUUCGUCAUUGCCAUUAUUUUUGGAUACCUAUAUCGUGGCGUGGGCAACGAUGCAUCGGUGAUGAUCAGCAAUAUGGUGUUUGUGUACGGCACCAAUUUGUUUUUGGUUUACACUGGUCAGAUGGCCGUUAUCGUGUCUUUUCCAUUAGAGUACAAGGUGUUGAAGCGGGAACACUUCAACAGUUGGUUCAAACUUUUUCCGUACAUGAUAUCCAUACUACUGGUUGAAAUACCAUUUCAGGUGUCUGUAUUCGUCGGACCGGUGUUUAUGGUGCUCUUGUCCGUGUUUGGUUUCGCAAUACGAUUUACGGACAUACCCGCCAUCUAUGUGUGGCUUCACUAUUUCAGUUUUGUACGAGGAUCGUUCCAGAGUCUCGUGUACACGCUGUACGGCUUCAGCAGGGGCGUCUUGCCGUGCUCCGACGAGAUGUACUGUCACUACAAGAACCCCAUAAAGUUUCUCACCGAAAUGGAAUUCGCCCAGGUGAACAUCUAUCCCGAAUUUUUCUACAUAUGUUUCUUUUUCCUGUGCACUUACGUGUUGACUACAACGGUCAUAUGGUACAGGCUGAACAAGCGGUAGAUAAUAUUAUGACAUAAAAACCAACGAUUAGAUUGAUGUGCCUUAAACYGCAGAUAAUCAUUACACCUAUAUGUGUAUAUAUUAUUUUAAAUUACUUGGUAAAACGUUUUAUUUGAUAUGUGUUAUGUGUAUAUAGUGUACGAUGAUGAUUAAUAUAUUAAUGUUUUUAUUAUAAUAUGUAUAAUAAUAAUACA